UGGCCUUUUUACCACAUUUAAAAAAAAUUGCCCCUGAAAUGAUGGUUUUUACCUAGAAUUUCUUGUAGGUACUUACUUAUGUCUUGUUGCCUAAUAUAGGUAGUUCAAAAUUUUGUUCUAACUCUAGAAUUCUGUGUGAGUUAACACUGGGAACACAAUGUCUCAACAGGAAGGAGAUGCUGAGUAAAAACUUCUGGGCAAUCCUGCAAGUGACAGCAAAAGGUGAAGAGUAGCAGUUUGGUGUGCUCUUGGCACCAAGAUCAACGUUACCCAUGGACCCGGUCCCAGGACGUAGCGUCUAUCUUGUGGUUGAGACUUCAGGGGGUGCCCCAAAUCAGUCCAGUGAAGCUGCGCUGCAGAUUCCAGUGUCUAGCGUUCCACAACACACAUCCAUUCAGGUUGUUUAUCCAGCAACUGUAAUGCUCAUGCCCAAUCAGUCCAUUGUAACUGGCCAGUCCAUAGUGCCCACUCAGUCCAUUGUGCCCACUCAGUCCAUGCUUUCUCAGUCCUCGAUCCCUACUCAGACCAUAACUACUCGAGCCAUCCUACCCAAACAGUCCAUCAUGUCCACUUCAUCCAAUAUGCCCACUAAAUCCAGUGACUCACUGGGAGAUAAACUUCCCCAGUACAAUGAUCUAUUGGAUGCUCUACUCCCCGAGUCCAGUGAUCCACUGGAUGACCCACUCCCCCAGUCCAGCGAUCCACUGGAUGACCCACUGACCCUGUCCAGUGAUCCAUUAGAUGAUACUAUCCCCCAGUCCAGUAAUCCAUUGGAUAAUCCAAUCCCUCAAUCCAGUAAUCUAUUGGAUGAUCCACCCACUCAGUCCAGUGAUCCAGCAGUUGGCAGUCCAGCGCACACCCCCGAAGAAGUUGUAAUUUGUGACUACAAAAUGGAAGAGACGACGUCUCAAGAAAUCAAGUUGGAACCGCAGGACGAUGACAGCAAACAUUGCGGUGCUCAAACGCUGAUGGCAGGCGAUGUGCAGGUCAAAGAAGAAGCAAACGUCAUGGAAGACAUCGCAGCCAUGCAUCAGUUCUAUGCGUCUGAACGCUUAUUUGACAGUAAUACAAGCUUCCCGCCGGUGGGGGCAGCAAGCUGCGGGGGCGACUGUGAGGGUGGGGGGCUGCAGAAGAUAGAGGGGCGCAGGUUCUCGACGCUGUAUUUCUCUAAUGUAUACAGUGUACCCAGUACACCCAGUAUAGCAGUAUACUGACGUGCCCCCUGUACUCCAGGUGGGGGGCUGCAGAAGAUAG